UAUAUGUAUAUAUAUAUAUAUAUAUAUAUAUACAUAUAGGACUGCUGUGGUUACUAACACUUGUAUGCAUGUGUUUGCAGUGUGCCAUGUUGCUUCCCCUGCUUAGGCUAAAUUGUAAUGACUGACUACUAAAUAUUUAUCCAUACAGAACUAAACUGCAUGUGUAUGAAUGAAAUUCUUUAUACUUUAAUGUAACAAACAGUCUGUUUAACUAUAUAAGGCUGAGAUAAGCAGGUGAAGUAAAAGAUGGAUAAUGUAUGCCUUUACUAACACCAGUUUUUUUUAUAUUGUCAAAAUAUAAAUGACUGACAAGAUUUUUUCUGUUGUAGUACCAUCUGCUACACUGUCCACACCAACUGAACUGACGGGUUCACAAGUAGAUGCCCCUGCUCUGCCGAUGGUAAAGAGACCUGUGCCCCUUCCUCAGGAGCUGAUGUUCCUGAUGCCAGAAACACCAGGACCCUUGCCAACAGAGACAACUGUCACUGUUCCAGUGUCAGAGGCACUUCCGAUUUCUCCUGAGACGUCUGCAGAGCCCAUUCAACCGCCGCUGCAACCGCCAAGAGCUCAAAGUCAGCCAUUACCCAGGCCAUCAGCUGUCCCCAGCUGUCCUCCUCCACAGCUUCCUGGCUAUGACCAUGAUGUCAGUCAGUGGAACUGUUCACAGCAGCAGAGGAUCUGGAUGAAGACAGAGCUGGAAUCCCUGGGUCUCUGGCCAGGCUCCAUUCCUGUGCGCAACCCCAUGAAGAUGCUGUCACUGUGGCGUCUCCCUCCCCAGCCAGAAUUAAUUGACAGCAUCUCUGAUCUUCCAUCCCCAAAGUACUUUCAGCUCCAUCCCUUUUUCAUAUGGAAGCCAGAGAAUGACAACUUGAUGGCGAGGCUGAGGAACAACGACACUCUGCCAUGUAUUGAAGGUUGUGCUCAGCCUCAAGUUACCUCUGCAGGUGUUGGUAGGCCUCGUGUGAUUGUUGGCAUCACUGGACAGUACUACCUGUUGUCAUCCAGGCUGUGCUGCAAAGUUUGCCGGAAGAGGUGGUAUGCUGACAACCCACUGUGGCUGGAAAAGCUUCCAAAGAGGUUCACAAACCUGUUGCCAGCAAUACUGACCUACAAAAAGGCCAUCUGUAAAUCGGUCAUGGACGAGCUCAGACGCACAGGUAACUCACCCACCGACAUGACAAAGCAGAUCAUGGAGAUGAUGCACCUGAAAUACGAACGUGCUCACCUGGCCUACCUCCUCAGCUGCCAAAACACCAUGGAUGGCGAGGCAGGGAGGUAUGACCAAAGAACCAUCACUCAGUUCAUAAGACAGGAAACCAAGCCAGCUCCCUUCGGGGACUACGGGGAUUCAGAUGGCUGGAACGGGAUCUCUGUGUCUGCACACUACCUGACUGACUGCCUGCUGCAUGAGUAUCAACACCAGGAAGAUGCCAUCAAAAACUUUCUGCAGGGCACCUUUGGACAGGCGUUCCGCUCAGACCACACACGGAAAGUUGCCAGAAAGGUCACCUUUUCAUCCGGGACCAUGUCAUCGUAUGCGGUCAUGAAUGAGAACUGGAUGAUCCUUUCAUGGGUGAUGGUGCAGUCUGAGACAGAGAAGUCCCUCAAGCCCCUGUACGAGGGACUAGCACACCGCUACAGCACUGCAGGCCUAGAGAAGGCACAAUACCAGUGGGUAGACAGGGAUUGCUGUGCAGCGUUUAAGGUGGCAGAAUCUUGUGCAGGAGAGCAUCUGAACUGGGAUGCUUGGAGGACAACUGAUGCCAUUGUUGCUGAGGCCACUUCUGGUAACCUGCUGAACGUCUGUGCAUCACGAUCAGACUUCAAUACAAACAUGACCAUCAAGCUGGACUUGUUCCACUGUCUGAGGCGGUUUCUCCGGGAGUGUGUGUCAGAGCACCAUCCUCUGUACAGCUCUUUUGCCCAGUUUCUGUCUGCAGCCUUUUCUGUGGUGGACCAGGAAGACCUGCAGAGGCUUAAAGACGCCUAUGCCUUCUGUGGAAUUCAGCCUGCCAACCCAACAAAGCCACACACUCGCGAGCACUGCAGGACCAGAAUUCCACUGCCUGAGGAGCUCAUCAAGAGAGUCGAGGGAGUUUUCCAGCACUUUCACCUCACGUGUGAUCCAAAUGGUGCUCCUCUCUUCAAGCCCUCUAUGCUGAAGACAUGGCGGAUUCAGCGUGUGCACAUCCUGCGAGGUUGCCUGAGUGAUCCUGAGGUGGAGGGUGGGAUCUUGUACAGGCAUGGAGGAACAGUGCAGCUGAAUCAUGUGAAGGGUGAAGGUGCUAGAGUUCCUGUUUGGAUCCCCAUCAGAGGCACAUCCCAGCAGGAGGGAUACCAUUUCCACCAGGCUCAGUGGGUCACUGGAACACGUGUCUCCACAGAGCUGUUUCAGGCACAGGGGAUGACAGGGGUGGCGCGGUGGAAUUACCAGCGUCUGGUGGACUUGAAGCAGCCAGGUGUCCACCUCCCAGCUGUCUUUGAUCCAGCGUUGAUGGCAGAGCUCAAUGCAGUCUCUGAACGGGUGUUGGGGCACGUGAAAUAUCCUGCUUUUCAACUCUCUAACAGAGACACUGGAGAGAAGUUUGGCCUGGAGUAUGUUGAGCCUGGUUGCCGCCCAGUUCCUCUAGACUGGGACAAGCACAGGAGCAAGACCGACUCUACCACAGACCGGAAUCCACCUCCGCAAAGCAGCCAGCUCACUGCCCAGUCUGAGCCUCUUCAGUCAUCCUCCAUGGCACCACAGAAGCUGUUUCAGUUUGCUGCAUGCCCUCCUGCUGACCUUGCUGUAAAACCAGAAGUGACUCCAAGUACAACUCCCGAGCCUCAGACAGAGCCAGAAACCACAUCUCCGCCAUCUCUGCCCCUGCUGUCCUCCCCAACUGGAGCUCGCACUGGACCUGUGAAGACUGGUGGGAGGGUAUUUGUGUUGGACCACAAGCGCUGGCCAGCCCCUAUGAAGCAGGUUAUUGACAACCUGCUGAACAAACACCGUGGGCAGAAGGACAUGCUCAAGCUUGUGGACCAGGACUAUGCUGCUCUAGUUCACAACACCUGUACAGACCCAAACAGCAUGCUCCACCCAACUACCAAACUACAUAUUUCACAGUACGUAAAGCACCUCAGUAAAUUAUUAAACACCAGCUCCUCUUUAAACACCAGCCCCGAAAAACUGCAAGAGAGGCAGGAACUCUGGCACUCUCUGUCAGAGGGCAGUGAGACUACCACUGUGCCGGUUGUUACCAUGCCUGUUGCAGUUUUUAACCCACCUCCACCUGUUCAGACCCUUGCCACACCUCUAACGCAAGCAUCAAUUGAGAAAAUUGUUCAUAACAUAAUGGAAAUCCAACAGCAGCACCAACACCAGCCUCAGCAACAACAACCACAGCAAAAGAAGGCACACACAAAAACAUGUCUUUCCUGUGGCCAGCCAAAGUCGAGGUAUGAGAAUGAUGGUUCUUCCAUCCACUUCUUCUUCCAGCAAGGUCCUGUCAGAUAUUUCUACUGCUCCACUAAAGUUUUCAAGGCUUAUGGUGCUGAAGGUCUGACAAACCCCAAAAUGCCCUUUCAAGACUUUGCAGCUACAAAGUUCUUCCAGCAGGAACUGGACGCCACAAAAAAAAGGGUGGAGGAGCGAGGACAGCAGAAGAGGAAAAGGACUGACUCCCCACAGACAGGUCGCAAGUGUCGGUUCUGUAAGAUGGAACUGAAACAGGGCCCAAACAGUCCUCACAUUCACACUGGAUUCCCUGGAAUAGCAGGGAAGUACAUUUACUGCCCUGCUAAAGUCUUUUCCCUCUACAAAGAUCAGGGCAUGGAGAAGGAGAUGACCUGGAAGGAGUUCCAGGUGUCUGCUUUUUAUGAGAGAGAAAAAAAGAGAUGGGAAGUUGAAAGGGGAAAAUGAGAGACAGCGAGGGGGAGUGUUUUACCAUGUGAUCACGUCUGUCCGGGUCAAAUUGAUCACUAUAAGCAGAUUAUUUAAACAGCGUUUGCAUAGGAAUGAUUCUGUCCCAAGCUUUUUGAUCCAUAUUUUAUUUAUUUGUUUUUACCUUUAUU